CAGACAUGUCCCAUUUUUCAUGAUAAUUAACAUUACAACGUUUUCGGUCCUUACACAUCUCAACUGAUGUGGUUAAUUAUUAAUAUAGUGUUGGCUAUAUUCACGGUUAAGGGAUAAUAAUAUUAUUAAGUGGAGUUCUAAACUAACUCGACUUGUUAAUCUAAAUCCAAAUAGGAGUUCUAAACUGAAAUUGCAGUCCAUAUAGGUUCAUGGCAUAUCAACUUACUGAUUCGAAAUUCUUGUGCUACUACAAGCAAUGUGUUAUAAGUUCUAAAGGCAUGUGAACACACUAAUUUAACUAGACCAAAUGUUAUAAAUGGAUUUUGAUUACUAUACACACAUAUACGUUAUGUUGACAUAUAUCCUACAUGACAGAGAGUUAGGUCUAUAAUCUUGAAUAGAAGAUAGGUUCAAUUUCGGAUCAACUACAAACUUCCUGGAUCAAUUCUAGAUCUUUCUAUAUAUUAAUCCAAGGUGGGAUAAUAUCGUAAAUAGUAAUGAAUUGAAAAUAGAAAGUCAAGGUCAUCACAUGGUAUUGCCUUUUAGUGACAUGCACAUAAAGGGCCACAUUGUUUGCUCAACAUGGAACACUUCUCUUAAAUCCCACUUCAAACUUAACACCAGCUUUGGGAACGUUCAGCUUUUUCAUCUAUUUCUCCAGUUAAAAUUUUUAAAUCCUCGUCCAUUAUUCAGCAUAAUUAUAUUAUAUACAAUAGUUUCAAUUAUUCAUAUUGUUACUAGUUUUAUUAAAAAAAAUUUGAUUUAAAGCCAUACAAUAUUUUUUUUUAAAAGUUAAUUAAAUCAUUAUAAAGCUUCAAUAUAAGUUUUCCUAUAAAUUAGUGAGGACUUUUUGUUAGUAAUAAACAUGCUGCAAGCUGGGGGCAUUUACAUUUAAGUUUAUGAAACUUUCUAAUGAAAAAGUUCUACCACAUAACAGCCAGAUAUUUUGCUAUUAAUAUAAUAUUAAAUACGUUUUUAUAAUAUAAAUCCACUCUUAGUUUUAAAAUAUACAUUUUGGAAUUUUCAAAUAUAUGCCUUUAGUAAAACAAAUUGAUUACUUAUCUUGACUAACUAAUAGAAAAACCCACUUAGAAUAUUAUGUAUUCAUUUCACAUCUAGGUGACUAUAUGUAUAUGAGAAAAAAGAAAAAUAUAAUUUUAUCUAAACGAAUUUGGUUUGAGGUUAGCAAAGAUUCAAAUCUCUUUCUCUCCCAUUUACAUCAUUGUCUAUGUUAUUUCUCUCUUCUCUCCCUCUCCCAUGUGGUCCUUGACCUCUUUAUAUCUCUCUUAUCACUUUCUCAUUUUCUUUACAUCUCUAAGUGUCUCUAUAACCCGAAACAAUUUCUUACAAUUUUCUCUUGUCUUCUCUUUUCGUUUGCUCUUCUUUUUCUUCUUUCACACCUCUUCAACAAAAUAUACAACUUGUGGAAUAAACAUAAACCCUCUAUAAUCUAUAUAGCUUCUCUCACUUUUUUCUUUUAAACUCUCGUUUUAAUACAACCCUUAUCUUUCUCUCUAUCUCUUCUCUAUUAUCAAUCUAGAACGAGAGAGAAAGAACACAACUUAAAGGUCAUUUUUCUUGCGGCAUUGUAGUGUUACAACUAAUCAAAAAGUAGAAACAAGAAAAUGUCUAACAGAAGAUCAAGACAAUCUUCAAGUGCUUCAAGAAUCUCCGAUGAUCAGAUGAUCGACCUCGUUAGUAAGCUCCGUCAGUUUUUGCCGGAGAUUCAAGAACGGCGUCGUUCUGAUAAGGUGUCAGCAUCGAAGGUACUACAAGAGACAUGUAACUACAUAAGAAAAUUGCAUAGAGAAGUUGACAAUCUCAGUGAUCGUUUGUCGCAGCUUCUUGACUCUGUUGAUGAAGAUAGCCCUGAAGCUGCCGUGAUUAGAAGCUUACUCAUGUAACCUUCCAAUAUUUUUUAUUAUAACUUUAUAAUGUUAGUAUUUAUUAAUUUAUCUAUAUAUGUAAUCUUUAUCGUCCUUAAUAUAUUAUCAGUGACGUGUUUUAUCUUUUAUGCACUUCCGAAUUUUGGUCCAGCUAUUUACAUUAUUUCAUCA